CAAGAAACAACUUGAAACCACCUUAUUCCCAGUUCAUUAACGUUGACUUUAUGGUCCAUGCCAGAAAAUGAAUGCAAUUCAGUUCUCAAAAACACUAUUCUAGAAUUUUACACACUUAGGAAUUCAGAUCACAGGCUCAAAAGUUGUAGCAGGAGACCCAGGGAGCUUUUGCCUUGACGCAAAAGCAGCUUUCGAAACUGACUGCAAGGCACUCUACUAUACGCUUUAUCAGGGCAGCGGAAAGGAAUUAAGUUUAUUUCUGACCUCAGCACGCCAAAAAUCAGUAGGAUAUGGUGCUAGAAGCAACAACAACAAAAAAAUUAAUUCCCCAAUACAGCUUUAAAACCUAUUUUCCAUCGCUAACUGAAGUGAGUGAACACGACCUUCUUGGCAGAUGCACCCUACAGUCGGGAUGUGGCCCUGGGGCGGGGCUGGCAGAUACAAGCAGGCUGGUGAGUGGGAGGCGGCAGGGAGCUGUGACAAUAACACUAUCCAAAUGCCCUCCGACCUUCCGGAGGCAAAAAGUGACCCUCUGGUUCCAGGGACUCGGUGAGUGGCAUGACCCAGAGACGGACAAGGACGCGACAAGCCAGGCACAGAACAGUACCGAACGGGACGGAGUCGACCGGACUAGCCCCCUUCCCGGAGCGCGCGGGAAGACCAGCGGCGGCCUACAUCCCAGGUCGCACACCGAGGGCCCCAGGAUCUCCAGCAAGCUCAGGCCUGGGACCUCGGCGCCAGCAGAGACACGGGCCCCGAGUGAGGUAGGCACCUGCUGCGUCCAGAACAAGACCAGGGACAAAAAGAAAACGAAUAAAGAUGAGGCGGUGGUGAAGGGGCUGGGCAUCACCGUACUUACCUUUCCUCGUAGCCCCCACAGCACAGGAUGCCGUGGCCGCAGCCUACCCACCGGCUCAGCUCACGCGCGCAAGCACCGCCCAACCGGAAGCGGCUUUGCGUCCCGCCCUUAUCCGGCUUGUCAGCGGCCUCCCGACCAAUCAUCAGCAAACCCGCCGCUGACGCAUAGCUUCCCCGAGCUGCCAUUGGUCCAGCAAUCUCAUAGCCAGGAUUGGCUCGAAAGCGCCACGUCCCCGCGACCACGCCGAGUUGCGUGGACCCGAUUCCCGCCCAACUCUAGUACCCGGGCACGUUGGGACGGCGGGCCCUAGCCCCGGCCCCAGCCCCAGCCCCCUAUUGCGGAUGGCGUGGGCGCGGCCGUGUGGCCGCCACGUCCCCAUUCACAGCUCAUGACUCUGCCUCCAACAGUGCUUCUUAGACUAUCCUGCUAGUUAUCUUCAUUCCCACAAGGCCCCCAGGGCGGAACUAAUCCGACUGCAUCAGUCACCAACUUUAUUGAACAAUCCCAACCUUUUAUUUUCCUUCAGCGCUGCGCCCUGUACUAUCUAUAGGAGGCUCUUGAGUCUUUGGCAUCAGUGUAUCUUUCAGCUCCAUCUCUCAACACUCCCCCUCAUCCUGCGCUCUGGCCACCAUCAUCUCUGUUUCCUGACAGCCGGUCCUUUUUCAUCUCUUAAGAUUUUUGAUCAAGAGGCUUCCUCUGCCAGGAAUAAGUGGGCUUUCUUGAUUCUCUGCCUUGCCAAUAGAAGUCCCAGUUCUGAUGUUAGUUCUAGAAGCCUUCCCUGACCCCACUAGGCAUAAUUCUUACCUUAUUUACCAUGAUAGCUGUAUAUAGCUUCAGUACGCUUUGCCAAAUUCUGCUUUAAAAUGUCGCUUUUCCAUCUGUCCUCUUCUAGAGUAAGCUCCUGGGUAGGGAUGUGCCUAUUCGUCUUUAUAUCUGCAGCUCUGAGCUUACUGCCCAGCUCAGUAAUGUGAAGUGAAUGGAAUGGGCAGAACUCGUUGCAUGUCCCUGGUUUAAGAGGAACACAGGAAAUCAUCCAUUUAUUCGUUUCGUGUCAUGAAAUUAAAACAAGUGUCAAAUAAAGGUUACUAUAGCUUCAACACAAAUGGAAUAUAAACCUGUGGAGUUCUUAGCACAUAAAGCCUGUAGAGUUUAAAAUCAAGUUGAGGCAAGUAGUAAGCUCAUGAAACAGUUAAGCUCAUGAGAGCAAGUUUGUUACUGUCAGGGUGAAAGGUUUACAACUAAUGCUUCCGGCAUUCAGACAAAAGAGUGUCAGUGACCCUUGGUGGUAGUCAGAGAAGGCUUCAGAGGGAGAUAUGACUAAGGCUGUACUAAGGAAGUCCCAAAUAAACUAUUCAGCAAGAAGAGUAAUAGGAAAAAGGACAAGUGGAGGGACAGAGUGGGAGGUAACUUCUCAGGCCAGGUAGCAAAUGAGGAAGGUUAAAAAACAAAAGGGGUUGAAAGGCCAGGCGCGGUGGCGCAAUCCUGUAAUCCCAGCACUUUGGGAGGCCGAGGCGGGCAGAUCACGAGGUCAAGAGAUCGAGACCAUCCAAGGUGGUGAAACCCCGUCUCUGCUAAAAAUACAAAAAAUUAGCCGGGCGUGGAGGCAAGCGUCUGUAAUCCCAGCUACUCGGGAGGCUGAGGCAGGAGAAUUGCCUGAAGCCGGGAGGUGGAUGCAGUGAGCCGAGAUCGCGCCAUUGCACUCCAGCCUGGGUAACAAGAGCGAAACUCCGUCUCAAAAAAAAAAGGGCAGGGGCGGGUUGGAGAGAAGCGAUGAAAGGGAAGCAUGGAUAGUAAGUUUGUGGAAGAUCUUGUCAAUUUGAGGAGCCUGAACUGAAGGCAGUGGGAAUUGUGGGUCUUCCUGUGAAAGUUUCUAAGCUUGUACCUACAUGGGGAGAAUGAAACUGAAACUG